GUUUAUUGUGUAAUAGACGGGAGACAAUUAAUGACAAAUUGUUUAUUCAUAGAAUUUAAUAAUGAAUUAACGAUUGUAACAACAGCAGCCACAUACUCACACGAUAGAAGUUAAAGAACUCAUAAACAUAAAGGUCUAACGAGUGAAGGAGUCAAAAGCCUCCCUAGAAGGGUCAAAUGACACAUGUCAGACAUCGAGUGGGUGAUAGUACAAUUCCGUGGGAUCGUUUAGCUGUGUACUAUACUACUAUCCACGUGUCAUUCACGAGACAAAAACUCCGUGUGCGUGCGCCCCCAAAUAUCUCUCCUCCGGCCAAUAUAAACACCAAUACUCACUCUCAGUUUUAUCCUAACUACACACUCGAAAAAGAAUUUACCUGAAAAGAAAAAAAAGAAAGAGAGAGAUAUAAAUAGCUUUACAAAAACAGAUACUCAUAUCUUUUUCGACCAAAAAAAAAAAACAGAUACUAUCUUUUAUUAAUCCAAAAAGACUGCGAACUCUAGUAACUACGUACAAGCUUAAACCUUAUCCAGUUUCUUCAAAAAGAGUUUUUGAUCAAUGAGCUCAUUUUCUGCGUCCGAUUACGAGUCUCAAGUUUCUUCAGGCGGAGAUUAUUGUCCGAAGUUGGCGACAAGCUGUCCGAAGAAACCGGCUGGUCGAAAGAAGUUUCGCGAAACUCGUCACCCAAUUUACAGAGGAGUUCGUCAGAGAAACUCCGGUAAGUGGGUGUGUGAAGUGAGAGAGCCAAACAAGAAGUCGAGGAUUUGGCUCGGAACUUUCCAAACCGCCGAGAUGGCAGCUCGUGCUCACGAUGUCGCCGCAUUAGCCCUCCGCGGCCGAUCCGCCUGUCUUAAUUUCGCUGACUCGGCUUGGCGGCUACGAAUCCCGGAAUCAACCUGCGCCAAAGAUAUCCAGAAAGCUGCGGCUGAAGCGGCGUUGGCUUUCCAAGAUGAGAGGUGUGAUACGACCAAUGAUCAUGGCCUGGACAUGGAGGAGACGAUGGUGGAGGCUAUUUAUACGCCGGAACAGAGUGAUGAUGCGUUUUAUAUGGAUGAGGAGACGAUGAUUGGGAUGCCGAGUUUGUUGGAUAAUAUGGCCCAAGGCAUGCUUUUGCCGCCGCCGUCCGUUCAAUGGAAUCAUAAUUACGACGGCGAGGGAGAUGGUGACGUGUCGUUGUGGAGUUUUUAAAAUUCGAUAUUCGUUUCCAUUUUUGUACUAUUGUUUGAAAAGAUUUUAGCUCCUUUUUUAGAAUGGAUCCUUCCUUUUUUUUUUUGUUUGUAGUAAGAGAAAUGAUUGUAAAAUAAUUCAAUAAAAAAAAAAGGGAAAUUGUUAAAAA